AUGGCAGCAGCAUCCAAAGCACCAAAAAACUCUUUAAAAUGCGUCGAAUGGAUGUGGCAAUCGAACCCUAAUUCAUUGUCUACAUCUGAAUCACCACAAUGGAGUCAUUACUCAGACGUCGAAAAUCUCAUUAUUGAAAGAGCAUAUUCUAACAAAGAAUCAAAGGCUGUACUGGAUGAUUACUACAUUGAUUUUAAAGAACAGCUGCAAAUAUCAAAUACGGAUAAUAACAAAAAAAGAUCAAUAAAACGAGUGGAAAGAAAGCGUGAAGAUAAGCAUUUGCGAGAAGAACGAUUUGUUGAUCUUCCUGUUAAUAUAUCACGAUCAUUUAGUGGUGAAUACGGUUGGGUAUCGCCGUUCAUUAUUGAGGCUCGACGAGAUUUGAAACUUACACCUGAACAAUUACCGUCGAAACAACCCAAUUUGAUACCAAUGCUUGUCGAUAAAGCAGCUGAAGGCAUUAUUAAAGAAGGCAAAAAUAUUCGAAAAGAACAAGAAGCAAUUGAAAUGAUAAAUAUGCUUAGAAAAAAAAGAAAUCAAGGAAUAGAAAAAGUAUGGAAAUGUUGUGCGUAUCUUUAUUCAUUAGAAAGUUUUCUUUAUAAAACUAUAAAUUCUGCGAUGAGAUUAGUUGGAGAUAAAGAUCAUGAACAAGUAUGGAGAAGUAAAGUUCAUACUUUAGGACCAUUUUGUUUACUUUUAUGGGACGAUCCAUUUAAUAAGAAACCAAAGUCAGCAAAAACUCUUUAUCGAGGAGCAAACCUAACUGGUGAACAAAUUGCUAAAUAUGAAGAAAUGGCUAAAGAUUCGGCCAUGUUCGGAUCUUUUCAAGCAUUUACAUCUUGUAGUCGUAAUCGUGAAAAAGCAGAAAAUUUUGGAAAUGCUUUAUUUAUCAUGGAAAUAUUUAUUGCUUUUACUGCUGACCUGACCAAAGUAUCUGAAUAUCCUGAAGAAGAAGAAGAACUUAUUAUUCCAGGUGUUUGUUUUCAUGUCACAAAAGUUGAGUUCAAUCAAGACAACAAUAAACAUUUGAUUUAUUUACAACUAAGACAACGAUGGUCACGUAAGUUUUUAGUUUCUGUGCUUUAUUUAUCUGUAUUUUUAGCGUCAAAAAAUUUAACAAAGUCAUAUGCACAACAACAGAAACGUACUCCACUUGAUUCAAUUCCAAAAAUUAAUGAUCUUUCAUCAAAGCUAUCAUCACCUAAGAAAAGAAAACGUGAUGAUGAUCACAACGAAGUUCAAAUUUUACAUGAUGAUGUCUCGAGUGAUGAAGAAAUCGAUCAGCAACGUCUAAUAACUUCAUCAACAUCUCCCAUUAUACAACAUAUAGAUAUUCUAUUUAACACAAUUCGACAAGAAAAUGAAAAACAGUUUACUGCAUUGUCAAAGAAAAUUGAUCGAAAAAAUCAUAUCGAUAGUGUUGAUCUUUCGUCGUUUCGUGAAUCAGGAGAUAAUCGAACGAAUAAUGAAGUGAUCUAUAAUAAUACUAAUUUACUUAGUAUUCGAGGAAAAAAUAUUGGUGAUUAUGCACGACAAGUACUUCGUAUUAUUUAUUCACAGGAAGAACUAUUGUCUUCGAUUUUACCUCCGGGUAGUCCUCACUUUGCUCGAAAACCUUUGGACAACAAAAGAUUUGAAAAGUUUCAUGAAGCUAUGCGUGGUAAAUAUCACAUAGCUGAACAUCGAUACGACGAAUUUUUUUCCAAAUUAGUUCGACCGAAAUUGGUUGAUUUUUUGUCCGAUGAACGUAAACGUGAACGUAAAAGACAAUCAACUCAAUCUCUCUCGCCAUAA